AUGGACUGGGUCGCGUUCGGGGAUCGCACGGCAUGGGUCGGACAGGGAUGCCAGUUCGCCGGGACCGACGUGAACGAAUGCAUCGGGGACCAUUCCAUCUUCUGGCAUGGAUACCCGGUCGUGGGCAAUGUCAGCGUGCCGAACCCCAAGGACAUCGUGACGGCCUCGUACGUCAUGGCCAGAGAGCUCGCUGCCGACGCGGCCGACGCACAGCGGUUCGCGCCGUACGACCUAGGCAGCACGAGCCGGUCCGACCUCGUCGACGCGCUGUCGCUGCCGGCUCUGCUGCUCGCCGAGGCCGUGGUGAGCAUGAUGCAGGUCGUCGAGACGGCCGACAAGAUCCUCAAGGAGCAGCGCAAGUCCGACAUAGUGAACUUCAUCACGUCCAUCUUCCUGCUGGUCUCCUUUGUCGGCGAGGCCAUCGUUGUCGACAGCUACAUCCUGCGCAUCAUCGUCGCCGCCACGGACGACCUGGCCAACCUCGCGUUGGCUAUCUACGAGAUCGUGGACGGCCCCUCGAGCGCACUCUCGACCAUCUUCGGCUUUUUCCUUGGCGGCGGAUUUACGCGCCAGCCGUGGAAGGAUGCGGCGGCUACUAGACGCGGCAUGCCGACGAAGGGAGAGGGAUGGACUCCCGCCUAA